AUGCAAGUCUCUUGUGAGUGGAUUUUAUCAGCAAAAAACAACAGCAUCCAUAUGGUUGGUUCCAUAUCAAGCUUUAUCCCAUCAUCUGGUUCUUCUCGUUAUCAGCAAUUCGGUGGGCAUCCUGACAUGAAGGUCUCUUAUCGAUUGAUCACAUCAGCAGCAAGGAACAACUUGUAUAUCUUUGGUAUCAGCAAGCUUUCUAUCUCUUGGUGGUUCUGGUUAUUGGCGAUUCCUUUGAUGGAUCUCUACAACUAUACGUGUCUUAUGGAUGGAUCAUGUCAUCAACAAGCAAUGAGAGCCCGCGUUGACAUCUUUUGUGUUACCAAGGUCAUUCAUGCAUCUCGUCAAGGACUCCAUCGUCAAGCUGCAUUCCAUACCCAAUGA